CGCGUGCGCAGAGCAGGCCGCUUCUGCCGUCGCUGGAGCGCGGCUGUGGGAGAGAGUGUCGCUCUCUAUGGGGGAGAGAAGAUGGCUCCCUUCCCGGAGGAGGUGGAUGUUUUCACGGCCCCGCACUGGCGGAUGAAGCAGCUCGUCGGGCUCUACUGCGACAAGCUUUCUAAGACAAAUUUCUCCAACAACAAUGAUUUCCGAGCUCUCCUCCAGUCCUUAUAUGCUACAUUUAAAGAGUUUAAAAUGCACGAGCAGAUUGAAAAUGAAUACAUCAUUGGUUUGCUUCAGCAACGUAGCCAAACUGUAUAUAACGUACAUUCGGACAAUAAAUUGUCAGAGAUGCUUAGCCUCUUUGAGAAAGGGUUGAAAAAUGUAAAGAAUGAAUAUGAGCAACUCAACUAUGCGAAACAGCUAAAGGAACGAUUGGAAGCUUUUACCAGAGAUUUCCUUCCUCACAUGAAAGAGGAGGAGGAGGUUUUCCAGCCAAUGUUGAUGGAAUAUUUUACUUAUGAAGAACUGAAGGACAUAAAAAAGAAAGUAAUUGCACAACACUGCUCACAGAAGGAAACUGCAACAGAAAUACGUAGAGGGAUUAGUCUUUGGAAUCAAGCAGAAGAGCUCCAGAAAGCUUUUAAAUAUUCUGUGGAUGAAAAAGCAGAUCAAGAAACUGAAGAACCAGGGCAAUCUACCAGCAUUCUUCAUCUUCCUUCUGAGGUGAUGCUGACUAUUUUUAGUUAUCUUAGCCCUCAAGAAUUAUGCCGAUGUAGUCAAGUCAGCACCAAAUGGUCACAGUUAGCGAAAACGGGGUUUCUCUGGAAACACCUUUAUCCUGUGCACUGGGCCAGAGGAAACUGGUCCCAUGGCCCACCAGGUGAUCUUGAUACAGAGCCAGAUGAAGAAUGGGCGAAAAACAGGAAAGAUGAAAGUCGUGCUUUUCAUGAAUGGGAUGAAGAUGCUGAUAUAGAUGAAUCUGAAGAAAAUGGAGAAGAAUCCUUGGCUAUCAGCAUUGUUCAGAAAGAGAAGGACUUACUUCAAGGGAUAAUCCAUAACAUUCUGCCACGUGUAGGCUCAUCAGUCAAAACUAUUGUACUGGCCUACAGUUCGGCCAUAUCUAAUAAAAUGGUCAGACAGAUCUUAGAACUUUGUCCUAACCUGGAAUACCUUGAUCUCACUCAGACGGACAUUUCUGAUUCUGCAUUCGAAAGUUGGUCUUGGGUUGGUUGCUGCCAGAGUCUCCGGCAUCUUGAUCUCUCUGGAUGUGAAAGAAUAACAGAUAUGGCUGUAAGAAAGAUUUCUAAAGCCCUGGGGAUUUUGUCUUCCCACGAAAUAGGAUUUCAGAAAAGUUGUCGAAACAGAAAAGGAAAAACUGUGUGGAAAAACAAAGUGAUGGCCUUGCAGUCCAGCAAAAAGGAUUGUAGCCUGCAUUAUAUAACAAAUGAAGAUGUGAUUAAGGAAGAAGGAAAUGAAAGCCAUUGGAGUGUACCGGACAGAUCAGAGAGUUUCAACUCUGCCUAUAUCUGGAUGUUAGAUGCCAAAGAUCUGGCCGAUAUUGAAGAUGCUGCUGAGUGGAAGCACAGAAAUCUGGAAGGAGAUUGUGUGAUAGAACCAGCCUCCCCUUUCCCUUGUUCUGCGUCCUGCUGCAAUAAAGACAUUUUUGGCUUAAGGACUAGCAUCUGCUGGCAGCAGCAGCGUUGUGCUUCUGCGGCCCUGACCUACUGCGGCCACUCUUUUUGUUGCGCUGGGUCGGCAUUAAAAACUCUGCAGGCGCUCCCACCAUCCCCUGGGCUACCUAACCAUGCACCAAGGACUAGUAGGCAGACAGAGGGGAAAGACUUGACACACCUCAGGAGUGCAAAAUCGGACCAAGAGACAGCCCGAGUUCUUCAGUUUCUCAGUUUGUCAGGAUGUUAUCAGAUAACAGAUAAUGGUCUCAGGAUGUUGGCUCUAGGAGGUGGGCUACCUUAUCUAGAACAUCUCAAUCUCUCUGGUUGUCUGACAGUAACCAGUGCAGGCCUGCAAGACUUGGUCUCGGUGUGCCCUUCUCUAAAUCAUGAACACUUUUACUACUGUGACAACAUAAACGGUCCUCACGCUGAAACUGCCAGCGGAUGCCAGAACUUGCAGUGUGGUUUCCGAGCCUGCUGCCGCUCUGGUGAAUGAUCCGACUCCUUACCUUUUCCGUCUACUUCAUUUAGCUCCGCAGGCUUCCUCUCAUGCACUUUACUUACAGUUCGCAUCUUGUUCUUGACCGUUCCCUUUUGGAGUGUGAUUUGUGGAUCCUUUUUGCUCUGUAAUUCAGAAACGUGUAAGCAAACUGUGUAGGGUUGUAUCAUUUUUCACAGUGUUCCACGCUCUGAUUUCGAAGGUGAGGGGUUUAUUUUUUUGUGCUGUGAAAAAAAAUUAUUAAAUCAUUUUGACACUUUUGCCCUAAUAUUUGGCACUUAAAUUUGGGAAUGUUUUUUUUUCCUCUUUGUGCUAAGUCCAUUAAAAAAAAACCCCUUAUAUGCUUAUAUAGAAAUCUUUCAGUGAAUGUGAAACACAUUUGGAUAACAAACAUUAUAUAUUGUUCAGUAGUGAUUUCCCCCAUAAUCUUCUGAUCCCAGAGUUGUUCUUCCUGAAUGAGGGAGAUUCCUUCUGUCUUUUAGUAUUGAUUUCACAUUUUAGGCUUGAGGAACAGUAAAUGAAACAUUCCCAUCGGUAUCAGAGUUUGUUAGUCUGAUAGAGUUACAUUUACAGCAGGCCAGUGACUGUCGUUGCCACAUCAUCUUGUGGGCUUCUCAAAGUAUUUGCUUAACUGUAGUUGCAUAGCAACCAUGAUCCCCUGCAUCUUCUACGUAGGCACACUAAAGAUGCUGAAUUUUGAAAGGGAUUUUCCAAGAAGCAAUUUCUCUGCGAUAAGAGCAACUGUAAUAAAUAAAUUGCAGCUUUAAGAAA